AUGCAUGGCGGAGGCACAGAGGCUGAGUCACUCAAAUCUCACGGCUCCGCUAUAAUAUCAAUCGCCGGCCAUGGCUUGAAUGCAAACACGCUCGUGCUCGCGACAAACAACCCCUCGGACACCCCGCUAGACCUGUCGACGCCGCUGUCGCGCGUCCUCUUCGACGUGCAGGAAAUCGACACGCACAUUGAUACCCUGACCACCAAGUCGGCGCUGCCCCUGCUAGAACACACACGCCAGCAUGCACAGUCGAGCGCGCGCAUCCUGCACGAGGUCGAGGGCCAGGUCGCCAGUCUGACCGAGGCGUACAAGACGCUCGAGCGCGAAGUCAUUGAGCGCCACCAGGUCGCGCACCAGGUGCAAAAGACGGCGGAGCGGCUCUGCGAGACGGUCAAGCUGGGCCGCGCCGUGGCCCGCUGUGUGAUGCUGGGCCGGCAGCUCGAGGUGCGCAUGGCGGAGCUAGGCGGCGUGGGCAGCGCAAAGAAAGAAGACCACCGCGCCAUGGUGCGCUCCACCGACACGAUUCUCGCGCUGCGCCAGAUCCUCGCUGCCUCCAAGCCCGGCGAAGAAGGCGACGGCCUCGACCGAAUCGCCGUCGUAAACACGCUUAGAUCCGACCUCGUCGGCCCCGCCGAACGCAGCAUCGCCUCGCGCGCCCAGCAAAUCGUCAAGGAAUUCUCCAUGUCGUCGCUGCUUUCCUCGUCGACUGCCUCGUCCGCAUCAACCUUUACACAGACUGAAGAUACGAAAGCGAGAACUACAUCUGCCCUCUUGACUCUGUACCUGUUAUCUCCCGUACCAUCACCAUCUCCGUCUAGCACAAAAACAGCAGCAGCAGCAGCAGCAACAACACCAACAUUCGACCCAACACUCAUGCUCACCGCGCUCCAAGAAUACCUACAAACACAGCUCAAAUCCUCGCUUGCGUCGCUCGCCCGCGCCCUCGCCCAACUCCCCUCGCUCGACCGCACGCUGCUCGAAAUCUCCGCCCGGUGCCAAAACAUAGUUGCGUUGCAGUCGCUGCUCGAAGCCACAAAGCCGCCUACACAUCCUUUGCUGUCAUCAACCUCACCACCUCCAUGGACUAAUCUCCUGCAGCCGCUGCUCAACGCCCUCGACACUUCGUCGCUGCCCAGCUACUUCUGGCGUACCCUCGCUUCCAACAUGGCCCCCAGAGUCCACGACCUCAUGAAUAGGGGUGGUGUGUCGGCGCGCACACUCAAGACCAAUAGGGAUAAAGUGAGGGAUCUAGUCCGGGAGUGCGUCAAUCGCGGAAGCCAGUUUCCCAGUGCGUUGGCAUCGUCGGCGGCGGCUGCAAAGGCUAGUAGUAAUAGUAGUAGUAGUAGUAGUAGUAGUAGUAGUAGUAAUACUAGUAGUAAUGGGACGGCUACCUGGGAGAGGGAGGCGGCUGUCAUGGUGACGAGUAUCAUUGGCCAGAUCAAGUGAGAAACUUGAAUACAACAACAAAAACAGACACAAUCAUGAGUUUUAUUGAGGGAAGAGUUAGAUUUGCAUUGGACAAGAUGUAGUACUUAGUAACUAGCUUGGAGCCGGC